AUUUUAAAAAGUUCUUUGCAGAAGAGUAUUUGACCAGAACUAGAGGAUCAUGACGACAACAAGAUUCAUCUGUUUAAUGCUAAUAGCUGUUGUGGGAGCUGCUGCAAGCAAAACACAGGAAUUUGAAGGCAAUGACAAGGAAACAGAACAAGAAUUCAUUUAUAUGAACAGAUAUAAGCGUUCCAGUGAUGUACAGGACAAAUGCACUUACACCUUUAUUGUACCUCAACAGAGAGUGACAGGUGCCAUUUGUGUUAAUUCUAAGGAGCCUGAAGUUCUACUUGAAAACAGGGUAAAUAAACAAGAAUUACAGUUACUUAACAAUGAACUUCUUAAACAAAAGAGACAAAUAGAAACUCUCCAGCAACUGGUAGAGGUGGAUGGUGGGAUUGUUAAUGAGGUUAAACUCUUAAGAAAAGAGAGCAGAAAUAUGAAUUCUCGUGUCACACAACUCUAUAUGCAGUUACUACAUGAAAUUAUCCGAAAACGUGACAAUGCCUUAGAACUUUCUCAACUUGAGAAUAAGAUUUUGAACCAAACUGCAGAUAUGUUGCAGCUUGCAAACAAAUACAAAGACUUAGAGCACAAGUACCAACAUCUGAUGUCAAUUGCCAAUAAUCAGUCAAUAAUAAUUGCCCAACUGGAAGAGCACUGUCAAAGAAUGCCAUCCAUAAAGCCACUGCCACAAACUCCACAGCCACCAAAUAAAGUGUACCAGCCUCCUACUUACAAUCGCAUUAUUAACCAGAUAUCUACUAAUGAGAUUCAGAGUGAUCAGAACUUAAAGGUUCUGCCACCUACCUUACCAACCAUGCCUACAGUUACUAGUAUUCCGACUUCAACUGAUAAACCAUCUGGGCCCUGGAGAGACUGUCUACAAGCAUUAGAAGAUGGCCAUGAUACAAGCUCCAUCUAUCUUGUAAAACCAGAAAACACAAACCGGCUUAUGCAGGUCUGGUGUGAUCAACGGCAUGACCCUGGUGGCUGGACAGUCAUUCAGAGACGGCUGGAUGGGUCUGUCAACUUUUUCAGGAACUGGGAAACAUACAAGCAAGGAUUUGGUAAUAUAGAUGGAGAAUAUUGGCUUGGAUUAGAAAAUAUUUAUUGGUUAACAAAUCAAGGCAACUACAAACUGCUCAUAACAAUGGAAGACUGGUCAGGCCGAAAAGUCUUUGCUGAGUAUGCUAGCUUCAGACUGGAGCCAGAAAGCGAAUAUUACAAGUUGAGAUUGGGACGCUACAAUGGCAACGCGGGAGAUUCUUUCACUUGGCACAAUGGUAAACAGUUCACCACGCUGGACCGGGACCAUGAUGUAUACACAGGUAAUUGCGCUCAUUACCAGAAGGGAGGAUGGUGGUACAAUGCAUGUGCUCAUUCAAAUCUCAAUGGAGUUUGGUAUCGUGGAGGACACUAUCGCAGUCGGUAUCAGGAUGGUGUUUACUGGGCUGAAUUCCGGGGGGGAUCAUAUUCACUCAAGAAAGUUGUUAUGAUGAUAAGACCUAACCCCAAUACAUUCCACUGAAAUAAUUCUCUUGGUUUGCUUUCUUGUUCUAAAAAAUCACAUAAAGCUAUGAUGUUAUUAUCUGGAAUUAUCUUUUCAGAAAUGAGGAAUGUAAGAUAUUGUACAUUUAUUGCUAAGAUGUGAGGGCUUGUAUAUUGUAUUUUCAAGAAUCAUUCCAGGAAAAAAAAGCUGAAGAAAAUAAAGGAACUGAAAUGACAUAACAUUCAGAAUACCUCUUGGUACUAAAAGUAGUUAUAUUAAACCUUUUAGAACUGGCAGUUUAGAUGGACUGUAGAUAAACUUUCUGGUUUUUGUUCCCUGUAAAUUAAGUUUGGAUCGUAAAAAUACUGCCCCAACAUUUAAAUAUUUUUGUAUGUUAUAUUAUGUAUAAAUAUUCUCAAAUACAGGAAAUAUUACAAACUGUACAGCAAGAGUUUUAUUAUUAUUAUUAUUAUUAUGAGCAAUCAUUUGACAUAGGAAAUCAUAUCCUUUGAACUGUGUAGCUGGUACAUGUACAGUAGUGUGAUUAUUCUAAUUUAAUCUUUGUUAACUGCCAUGAAUAAAGUUAGUACUA